CCUGCAAAUGACCCCUUUCAAUCACAUAAAUGAUAAUCCUAUCUGAGUAGCCCAUUACAGAAACCUCUUUUAACUGUUCGAUAAAAUGCCUCAAAGAGACUAAAAAUUAUCCAAACUUGUGUUCAAUCCAUGGGUAUCUUCAGUUUGCUAUUAUAGUUUAACCUCAACAUUAAAAUAAUGGCGUUGCAGUAUAAUUCAACUUGUCCAUUUACACAGCUAUGUCCAACUACAACUACAGCUAUUAUUAUUCCAACACCUUCUACUGUUAAUGUCAUUUCUUUCAGAUUUCAAAGAAGAAUUAAUUUGGGUUUUCUUUCUUUUCAAAAUUUUCCUAAAAAGAUUAGUUUAGUCAAGUUAAGUAAAAAUAAUUUUUGGGAAGAUCCUGAUGAUGGUAGUCAUAGUGAAGAUGAUUAUGAACAAGAAGAAGAAGAUAUGGAAAAUGGAGCAGAAAAUGAAGUAAAUGCUAAUUCUACAAAUGGGUUGUCUAGCAGCAAUUAUGAAGAGGAGUUUGUGAAACAGGUCGAACAGCUUUUGAGCCCAGAGGAAAGGGCAAUUUUGUAUCAAAAUCAAACUCCAGAGCUGGAUAAGAUAUCAACUGCAAAAUGGAACCCUCUUCACACUUUUGCAUUAGCAGGGCAGAUACGAUUUAUGGAUAGACUUCUAGAGGAAGGUAUCGAUAUUGAUGUUGUUGACAAGGAAGGGCAAACAGCUCUUCACCAUGCCGUUUUUGGUAAAAAAGAGGCUGUCAUUAGUCAUCUUCUACGAAAAGGUGCAAACCCUCAAGUCACGGAUAUGGACGGUGUUACCCCGCUUCACUACGCAGUUCAAGUAGGAGCCAUGCAAACUGUUAAAAUGUUAAUCAAAUACAAGGUUGAUGUGAAUGCUACUGAUAAUGAGGGCUGGACGCCACUGCACGUGGCCAUGCAAAGCAGAAACAGAGACAUAGCCAAGAUUCUUCUAGUCAAUGGAGCAGAUAAGUACAGGAAGAAUAAGGAUCGAAAGACACCCCUUGAUAUUAGCCUUUGUUAUGGCAAAGAUUUCAAGUCUUAUGAUUUGGCAAAGUUACUGAAGCUCGUUCCUGCUAAUAGAGAAUUGUAAUUGGCUGUUCUCUUGGAACGGUUCUUCCAAAUUCUCAAGAAGAUCAGAACCUAUCUUGACAUCAACGUCUCAACACAUAUUAUCAAAUUCUUGUGCAUUUCUGCUUCCAACAAAGAAGAAACAGUCAUUUCUAGCCAAAAAGGAAGUUCAUUAAACUUGUCAAGGGGAUACAGCGAAGCACGAUCUACAAGUCAGAUCAACUAUCAGACAUGCAAUCACUGGAACUGUAAAAUAUUUGCGCAAUCGAGUAGUCAAGUCUUGUAACAGAUUCGUAAAACAUAAAUUUCCUUAUGGUAUACAUAUCUCAAAACUGAUUUUAGCA